GACGGCCGUAAUCACUUCUUGGCCUCUUUGCGCCAGUAUCAUUCGAUAAUAUCGUAAUCAAUGGAGCGUGUCCAUUGAAAUAACAAAUAAUUGCUCAAUUUUCAGCAGUUUUUAAACUUUUUAAUCACAGGAAGUCACUCACCAGAGAAAUUCACUGCUUUAAGAUGGCCGCCGGUGUUUUGUCUAUGGCUACUCGCCCGCAGCCAAUCAGAGCCGCCGUUUGUGUUGACUUGAGAGCUGAUCCUAGAACAGCAAUAGAGGCGAGAGCGCAGCCAAGGAGCGAAGUAGCCGUCAACUAACAGGAAAAUAAGCCACUUGUUGCCAAGCAGUGAGCGGAGGUUGUCGGAUUUAUUUUCAUCACCUCUCCGCCUCCUCCAGGAAGUUGAAUGUCUGCAUCACUGUUGUCUCCUUGGCCAUGUGGACGCAUAAUCAUCAUCCUCUUGACCUUCUUACCACAGCUCUUUGCCGUCCGAUUAAUCAACUGCACGCACCCUCUGGUGCCCGAACAUGGAGGCUUCCGCUGUGAGCCAUCCCCCUGCCGAGGUUUCCCCCACAAGAGUUCUGUGCAUCUGUUCUGCGAGGAUGGCUAUCACAUUGCCAAGUCUCCUGUGUCCUCGUGCCAUCAUGGCAGUUGGAAGCCGCCUAUUCCUGCCUGCGUUCGCAUUAGAGGGGGUGGUCGUGUCAACGGCAACAGCGGGGCAGACUUUUCCAUGCCCAACGUAGCCACGACGGCUGUGGGCGUGUCCAUAUUCCUGCUCACCACCACCGCCUGCUUGGUGGUCAAGUCCCGCCUCUGCCCUUGCCAAUCAGACAGGCGCCGGUCCUCAGACCAGCUGGACCUGAUGGCUGAGGGACUUCCUGUCUCGCUGCCCUCCUACGAGGAGGCGAUGUAUGGCAGCUGGGGUCAACCCCUUCCCUCUUCCCACUCACCCGUUCCGGGACCCAUCCAACUCCUGCUGGCCCGUGAACCGCCCGGCGACCAAUCCAGCUUUGAUAAUCCCCCGCCCCCUUAUGAGGAGACCCAAUCACCAACAAGCGACAACAGACGGCCUCUGUCGGACGAUAAGGAUUUUUGAAAGACAAAAUGUGAGUUGAAUUUGAUUGACGGCAGACGGAUGUGACAACUAGGCACUUUUUUUCCUUCUCUUUCGGUUGGACUCAGCAUCAAAGCUGAUUGGCCAGUUUGCACACGUCUGAUGUACUUUAUGAUCGACUGUGUGCAUGAGCGUAAUGCUGUCAUAGAAACCUACGUGUUGUCAUGGCAACCAAUCAUUCUUAGACGGGUUUUAUGAUAUUAUUUUAACAAUGUAUUAAUAUUGUCGAUUCAACUGAAGAAGUGCAGUGGAAACUCUCAGAUCCAAUGUGGAAUGUUGAUUAAAACAAACAAGGCUUGAAUUUCUCAUUUGAAACCUUAGUGACUUGAGAGGUUCCACUGAAACCAAGAACAGAAUAUUCUAAUAAGCUUAUGAAAUGCUAUUUAUAUGAGGUAGAUCAACUUGCACACCUGAAAUGUAUUUUCUUUCUAUUUUAUAAUGGGUGCCAUAAUGUUAUUUAAUUGAUAUUAUGUAAUAAAUACUAUGAUUUUUUUUUUUUUAAACAGCUGUUUUUUUACCCCUAUGUGUCAUUUUCCAUCUGACGUUUUAGUUUCACUAAGCGGAAUUUGCCACCCAGCAGGAAACCAGAAACCAAGAUGUUUUUUGAUUACUGUAUAGAGACAGUCAUUCAGAGCAAGUUAUUUUUAAAGUGAUAGACUGUAAUUGUAUAAAUGGUCAUUGUGUCUUAAUAAACAGAAGAUAAACUCCCCAAACCUCAAGAAAGUAUGAAUGACGUUCAUAAUCAUACCGGGAAUUGCUCAAAUCUGAACAGGAACAAGGAGGAAACAGCACCUUCACUUUAUUCACAGUUGUGAAUGGAACAAAAGUCAAUGAGCCUUUGUUAGUCCCCGAAUGGGGAAAUACUUUUACAGCAGCAAAGAUAAAAAUGGCUGGCAAUACUUGUGUAUUUAAUAUGAAUUAAAUUGGGGGGGGUGACUAUGUGCCCUAUGUUUCAUUAUGAAAUAUGUCUAACGGUUGGGUUAGCAAGCCCAAACUGUUGCCAUGUAAAACAUUUAAUACUCCUCAGGUGAUGCUUUGAUUAACAUUUUAAAAUUCUGUACUUGCUAUCCAAGUAAAAAUAGUUCACCACUUUCCAAUACAAUUCAAAUAGAAUGAGAAUGAUCCUCACCCACAGUCUGAAGGUUGCUUCUGGUCCAGCACUUCAACAUUGCACAAUGGCAUUCAAAGGGCAACCGGACACAUCACACCACUGGGACAGAUGGAAUUCUCUGAAUUCCUGCCACAGGUCCCUUACUUCGCGAGGCAACUCAUUCAAAACUGUUAGGUGAGGAGUCGCUGCAAAGACACUUUUUUGGGCUAUAAAAGGACACCUCACAUGAUUGAGGAAUGUCUGUAAAAUGAGAACAUAUGAAGUAUGAACAUUAUUUAAAACCAUCAGAUUUUGUUGUUAUUCAAUCAUCAACCUACCGUAUUUUACGGUUCAAUGGUUGGGGAUCAUCAUUCAUCUUACAAUUGGCUUAAUCAUAAACAGCACUACUCAAUAGUUCACGAGGAUGAGUUUAGAUUGCUUUGAGGAAUUUUGAAUUGCUCAACAUGCGGGCAAAACAGAAUGGCUUUAAGAAUAUGGUUCUUGGAGUAAUGCAAAUACAGAUUGAAAGUUCAUGAUGCACAGCAGUAUUUUGAGCCCUGAAAUGUGCCCUUUUGUGCCAGCAUGACCCAUGAAUUAUGUUCUACAACAUAAAUUAGCUAGAAACUGAACUACACAUUUAAAACGUUAUAUUGCUUCACUCCCCAAUUGUCAUCACAAUAUCACUGCCCAGUCGAAAAAAAGGUUGUGCUGUAUGUAAUGUUUGUAACCAAGAAAUCAAGGAAAGCUGCACUGCUACAGCCAGGGACAUUUCCGUCAGAAAAAUGAAUAUAAACUUUCCUCGCCUAAUAAAUCAUUCAGUUGUGCCAAAAUUCAAAAGCAAUGCCUGUUUCUUUACAUUUCUUUCUUUAUUUUUUUAACUUGUCAGAAAGAUAGUUAAAAAUUAGAAAGUCUUCUCCAUCAAAUGAGAGGAUUGGUGGACAGAAAGAUGAGCCAUUGAGUGAGGCUGCCGUCAGGAUUUAGAGGCUGAAAAAGAAGGAGUGGGAGGAAAAAAAUAUAUUGCUGUUGCUGUUGUAGAGUUGCUGUUGAUCCUAAUGGUUAUGGCUGAAAAUUGCUGCUAAAAAUGGCUCUGAAUGGCUGUGGCAAGAUCGGUGCUAAUAAUUGAUGCUCAUAAUGACUGAGCAUCAUACCUGCAGUGUGUCGAUGUUCAGUGGUAUUCCGUCUCUUUGUACACCUCGCAGAUGCACGGCUCCGCUGUCGGGGUAUCCUUCCUGCACCUCCAGGUGGCACAGAAUUGACGCAGACUUGAGGUACACCAGCAAACGCUGAGCGGGAUGCCAGUCGAUAGCAAAGCUAGAUAAGGAAGCAGGAGUGUCAAUGUGAGGCCACGGAAGAUGGACAGGGCUGCUGGGCUUAGUUUACCUGGUUCUCAGGCUCUGGAUCUCAGCCAAGAGGUCAGCCUGUCCCACGUAGUUGUGUACCGCGUCCAGCAGGACGGCACUGAGUUCGGUGCAGCGCCCCGACGCGUCUUCCGGUAUCUGCGACGCCGACCUCGCCUGAUAACAUGACAGGAAUUCAUGCUCACAAGUCGACAUUUACUCACAGUAUAAUCCCUAAAAUAGGAUUGUGUGAUUGUUAUGGGAUAUGUUAUAUCGUAUGUUAUUUAUUAUAAAAAUGUUUACCGGAUCAACCUCGAGAGUGAAACGGUCGUCUGGGCUCCAGAUGACUGAUAGCUUCAGCGGCUCCAGCUGAUUGGACAGCGGAUUUGUGUUGGCGAGAAGGCGUGGCUUCAACUCUAGGGUCACCUCCGUUUCGUUAAAGGACAGCAGGUUGACGUGUGCCACCUCGCGGACGGCCGCUGCGUAUAUCUGGAAGCUGACGUUACCGCUCUGAUUACUUUUAGUGACUCUUUUCUCGUGACCUUAUAACACUCACGCCUCUUUGGAACACUGCCAGCCAUCAACACGCCCAAUCUCCGCCCCCAGCUGCGCCCUCAGACGAUUUAGCUGACCAUCACAUGUCUGCAAUGCUUUAAGUUUCUUUUCCACAUGUGUCUGCAUGUCCUCACUCUGCUGCUUCUGAAAUACACACACAACGUUGUCUAUGUGUGUGCACCUGGACGAUAUUGUAUUAAUGCAAAAUCUGAAUGUCAUUUAAGAAAAGUGGUCACUACAGUGGACAGCUAUUCAAAAGUUGACAUUUAAAGCAACACUACAUAACUUUACAGCCUUUAUAAAAUAUUUUCAUAACCUUUGUGAUGAUAUGUUGACUGACAACUAGUUGAAAGACACCUCUUUUAUAUCUUUAGGGGGGAUUUUUUUUUUUUUUACCGGCACUAAUUAACUUGGAGGAGGGUGGCAGGAACCCUGCCACACAUAAAAACUAUAAAUGUGCUGACUGCUUUACAUCAUACAUCACUUCCCUCUUUCCAUAUUUGUUAUAAAGACAGAAGUUGAUGCGAACGCUUUCGCACAAAUUCUGCAAAGAUGGAAGUGCAAAAGUUUUGUCAGAGGAGAGCAAAGAAAAAAAAAAAAAAAGACCAGGAAGGCCACCUCAAUUAACUCAUUCACUCCCAAACAUUUUCACCAGAGCAAGGCCCUUCGCUCCUGGCCGUUUUUCUGGAUUUUGACUGAUUUUGCAAGGCCCACAGAAAAUUCUGUUCUAUUGCUAUGUAAACAUGGAACCCACCAAAUGAAAGAUUAGACUCUCUUCUUUUAGCAGGAAAAAAAAGUAAGUUCAUAUCUUUUUCCAUUCUUUAGAAAUCAGCAUUAGAAAAUAGCUUAGUUUAAGCAAUUUUCCAAUUUCUGAUGAAAAAACAGACAAAAUGAGCUUUUUGUAAACGCAUACAUUUCAAACAUAACUUUAACACAGCCAUUUUUUGCAUUAGUUACAUCCCAAACAUCUGAAUGUUUUCCUUUUACAAAAUAUCAUAAUGAACAAGACAAAUAGAGCUUUUGAUAGCAAAGUAACAAUUUGUUUACACAUGACUACUGAGAGAUGACGCCUGUUAUCGCUGAGAUGACGCCGUUGUCACCGCGUCUACUGUGUAAACUUUUCCCUCAUUGUUGUCUGUCUCACAAAGAUGGAAUAUUUUUUAAUCUCUGCGGGGUCUGCUUGGCGAGCCCGCUGCACGGUGGUCUCAGUCAUUUUGCUCCGUCGUCCAGCGUCUGGCAUUCCAGGUGUCCUCUCGGUUGUUUUGUUCGGUCGUCCGCCGCCUGGCAUACUGCCGCCAGCGCUCCGACUGUACUGCCCGGCCUUUCAUUGCUGUUGAAUCAGGUUGCGGGUCUUUACAAAAUGCGCUACUGCCCUCCAGUGGCCAGUUUUAUUGCUUUAAAAUGGGUUUGGAGCCUUGUUUUUUGUUUCUCAGAUAGAUCGCAAGCUCUAGAUUCUU